AUGGCUAGCCUUUGGCCUUGUACAUUGUGUAGGUACAAUGCUAUCUUUGUGUUAUACAGUCUUUGUGCUGGCUUAUAUCCUCUUCGUCGCUCCAAUUUUAUUUACAAGAUUUCGUCACUCUGUCUGUUGGAUAUUGUGCCAAUUUUUUUUGAACGUAGCUUUAAUUUCGGUAAUCCGACAGAUAUCAAGAAAUUCUCGUUUCAUGAUUCUUGCAUUUUUAUUUUACGGACAUUUUGUACUCUUCAGAAUCUUCUGCGGAAACUCAACUUUUUCACACAAAGGGUGGGGCAGAAAUGUCAAACAUCAUUCGUCUAUCGUCAUGACUACUGCUAUCUCGCGGGAUUUACCAAUUUCAUGCCACGUUUUGCCAUCAGAACAAUUUGCAAUCUGAUGGAUAGUGAAAUAGUCAAAAUCAAAAACAAAGAAGAAGCACAUACAGUUUAUGGGCUUGCUGGAGGAAAAUCGUUCUGGCUUGGCCUGAGGAAAGGGAAGAGAGAUUGGUACUGGGAUACUAGUACCUAUGGAACUCGAGCACAUUUUUUCUUCUGGCGUACAGGACAACCAGAUAUAACAGAUAACAAAAAUUGUGCUUACGCAGCUUACGCAGGAGAGUGGAUGUCUGCUGAUUGCGAUAGCUUCCGCUCGCCGAAAAUAUUUGUGUGCCAGAGCCCAUCAUACAAGAACUAG